CGGCUUUCACUGGCCGCUGCACAAUGCUCUUCCUGCCAGCUGAAUGCGGCUCAUGCAGCGCUGUGCACAGACUCGCGCCGCGGGAGGAAGUGCUGCUGGCUUUCUUUUCCUCUUUCUCCCUCGUUUCCUUCCCCUAAACCCCCGGCUGCCCUCAGACGCUCGUUUUCUGCAGCAGAAUCAGUGCUGUAGUGAUUUUGACACGUGAAGGAGGAGCCGCAGAAGCCGGUGGAGGAGGAAAGACCCCUUCUAGACUUCCUUCUCCAGGCAGGAGGAAAGGAGAGCCAUGGAGAGCGACUCGCUCCCGCCUCUGCCGACCUUCAGCCCGGCAGUGCCGCCCUACGUCAAGCUGGGACUGACGGUGGCCUACACCAUCUUCUACUCGCUGCUCUUUGCAUUCGUGUACGUGCAGCUCUGGCUGGUGCUGCGAUACCGACACAAGCGCUUCAGCUACCAGACGGUGUUUCUGUUCUUGUGCCUGCUGUGGGCGGCUUUGCGCGCACUGCUCUUCUCCUUUUAUUUCAGAAACUGCGUGACGGCAAACACGCUCGGACCCUUCGCUUUCUGGCUGCUCUACUGUUUUCCAGUUUGCCUGCAGUUCUUCACUCUCAGCCUCAUGAAUCUUUAUUUUGCACAGGUCAUUUUUAAGGCGAAGUCUAAAUAUUCACCAGAACUUCAGAAGUACAGGCUGCCGCUGUACCUGCUCUUCCUGUUCAUCAGCAUCAUCUUCCUGCUGGUGAACGUGACCUGCGCUUUGCUGGUGAAGAUGACGAAGGCCGACAGAGAGACCGUAGUGCUGGUGCGUGUGGCCAUCAACGACACUCUGUUCGUCCUCUGCGCCGUCUCGCUCUCAAUGUGUCUCUACAAGAUCGCCAAGAUGUCUCUGGCCAACAUCUACCUGGAAUCCAAGGGAACAUCCGUGUGUCAGGUGACUAUAAUCGGAGCGACGGUGAUCCUGCUGUACUCGUCCCGUGCGUGUUACAACCUAGUGGUGCUGGCACUGGCAAAAAUCAAGAGCAUCAACUCGUUCGACUACGAUUGGUACAAUGUAUCAGACCAAGCAGAUCUGAAGUCGACAUUGGGUGAUGCUGGAUAUGUGGUUUUUGGGGUGAUCCUGUUUGUCUGGGAGCUGCUGCCCACUUCACUGGUGGUCUUCUUUUUCAGAGUCCGUAAGCCGACUCAGGAUCGGAGUGUGUCAGUGAUCCCCGGACACAUGUUCUCAUCUAGAGCUUAUUUUUUUGACAACCCGCGGCGUUACGACAGCGACGAUGAUCUCGCGUGGAGUAUCAUCCCACAAAACAUUCAAGCCAGUCUUACGCCGGACAGCUAUGAUUGGGGUUGUCGAAACAACAGUUUCACCGCAUGCGUUGAAGGUGAAGAGUCUAAUCUAGCACCGGAGGAGCUGAAUCCCUACUAGCACAUUCCCAAUGAGGAGUCGUAUUAUUUUGCACAUUCCCCAUCACUGAUGGGUAAUAUUACAUACCACAGAUGUCUUUACCUGUAUUUAUUAGGGUAUUUUAAUAUAAUACAGCAGUACAUCUCUGGAAGCAAAACUACCAAUCAUUUUCUUCAAAAAGAAAUCGAUUUCUAUCAAUUAUAGUUUUCUAGAAAGUUCAGGUCACUAGUAUGAUGCAUUGCAAAUUAAUUAAUCGAGUCCGCCUCCCUACAUUCUACAUAGGAAUACUUGUAUAUUUAAAUACUUUUGGUUUAAAUAUUUGUAUUUGAUUUAAAUAUGUAUUUUUGUAUUGAAAUAUUUGAUUUAAAUAUGAACCUAAAAUUUCAGUAAUCAAAUUCAAUCGUUUUAUAUUGUACAGUUGCCUUUGAUUCAAUUAUUUGCAAUGGCUCAUGGGAAGACUAGUGCAUUGCCUAAAUAAUUUCUUCUACAAAUACAAACUGAAAUCCCUGUGGAGAAAAUGAAUGGAAAAAAUGUUUCCAUAAUCAGUGCUGCUGAAAAUGUGGCUGUUCAUCGUCACGUUCAAAUUUGAAAACUUUUUUGUGCCAGUAGUUCUCAUUUCAGAUGUACAAAACGUCUCUGAGUGAUUCUGUACAAGCUAUUUUUCUGAGUUUGCACUGUCAAUUAUAUACAGAAGAAUAUAUGAGAAUUAAUAUAUUAAGUAUACUAGAUAAGUAUGCUAACAUUCCACUGUGUGAAACCUAGUUUUUGUUGCUAUUUUUGUAUUGCUGCUCCAUAAACAAAAUCAUUAUCUUCAUUUCAGUUCUGUUCAGAUUCAGGACACAAACCUGUUAAACAAAACCAGAUGAAGGAAAUAAUUCAUUUCAUAUUUACUUGGCCUGAACUGUGAAAACAUGACACUCUCCCAUGACAAAAUUUUAUUUUUGGAGUUUUUCUAUAGACAACUGCAAUAUAAUGCAUUAACAUAUCGAUCACUAUAGACAAAACAAAAAAUGUAUAUAUUUUGAAAUGUUGAGAAGUGAAUGAAGGGGUUUGGUUUGUUGUCCGUUGUUUUUAUAAAUGCAUUUUUAGUGUUUGAUUGUACAGUUUGUAGCUUUUGCACUUUGUAAGACUUUGUCUGACUUUGUUUUCUACAUUAAUAAAAGAAAAAUUCUCUA